CCCGUAUAACGGAUCAAUCCUACCCCCAAAAAAAGUUCGUCAAGAAAUUUAAUCCACAGAAGCUUUAGACCUCCAACCUUCAACCACCGACAAUCCACACGACUCCAAGUUUCAAUUCCAUUUUCACCUCCACUCCCCCAAAACUCACUAUCGUCACUCAACUCAAAAAGUCCUCAUCAAAAUGCAUCUUAUGUACACCCUCGACGCGGCUGGAAAGCGCAAGUACACCUUGAAGAAGGUGAUUGGAGGCGAGGUUACCAAGAGUGCGCAUCCCGCGCGAUUCAGCCCGGAUGAUAAGUAUUCGAGACAUAGAGUUACGUUGAAGAAGAGAUAUGGAUUGCUUUUGGUGCAGCAGAAGGAUCUCAAGGUUUUGGGCCAAUAAAUAUCUCACCACUUCUCGAGAUACAGUUGGGGAGCUACUUGUCAAGACAUGACUAGCAGGCGAAGCGGAGGAAAGAAGGAGAAAAUGACAAAUAUGUGCACAACACGCGCCUGUGUUCAAUCGUCAAAAUGUGUAGGAAGGGAAAGGAAAGGCAAGGCUGAAUUGAAUAAUUGGCUGCGAGGAAGCUCAGGCUAGUGGUUGAAAGGGAAUGGGUGGUUGAUAGGGAAUGUGCGGAGUAUACUGGCGUUUCUGGACGAGGAAUUCUUAUAUCUAUCUGUUGGUUCUUCGUGUGUAGGAGAAAUAGAGAGAAAAUUCGAUUUCUGUUGGUGGUAAUUGAAGACGAAGGGAUUGCAAUUUGCAGUUUGCUUCCAAUUCCAUACUCUUCUUUCUCGCUAUUAAGAUUAAAUUGUUUUUCUAGCACUGAAUCAAGGAAGUUCACAAUUUCAAAA